AUGUAUUGCACCAAAAAUCACUAUUACCCAUUUAGUGGCUGGAAAGAUUGGGAGGUUUCAUUGUGGCUACUGUGUUCGGGGUUGAGCAUGGUGAAGGUUGACAGCUUUCUUUCACUCGAGAUGGUCAGUUUUAAACUUAUUCAUUGCAUUUACCAUCCUAACAAGUGUCUUCCAUUAUCUUUUUGUUCAGCUAAGGAACUAUGCAGUCAAGCGGAAAUGCUGCCUGGCGGUCCACCCUGGAUGUCCCAAGUAAUCCCUACUGUACAUCUGACAAAAUCACCUGUCAUUUUGUAUUGGUGUGAUCCCCUGGAAUGUAUCGCGAGCCUUUUAAACCACCCUUUCUUUCAUGAUCAAAUGGAUUUUAUGCCUCACAGGGUGUAUGCUACUGCGCAGUGA